CAUUUAAACGACACGUCAGUUGAGUCAAGCCUUGAAAUAAAGUAGACAUCGAAAUUGAACGUCAAAAAGAAAAUUGAUUUCCUUUAUAUGAACUAUUUGUUGUUGACCAACCUCUAACUGAAGUACUCAAAAAAAAGGUCUAGAUUCGAUAUGGACGUAUCCAUGAAACUUCUCAAGAUCAAUUACUAUGGUUCAUCUGGCAAAUGCAACAAAAUAACUAGAAGACGAAGGAAACUGAAGAAAUGCGUUUGUGUUCUACCUCAAACCGGCGAAUUAGAGUUCCCGAGAGUUUGGGAGGAAUUGAGGAAUAAUAAUCAGUUGUGCGAUGGGGUUGUCCGAUGUGCCAGUGGCAAGGAAUUCAGGAUUCACAGGGCAAUACUAUCUGCCGUGAGUCCAUAUUUUAAGGCUCUGUUCACGAACUCUAUAAAUCGAGACAAGGAGGAAAAUACACAGGCGAACACCACAAUUCCCACAGCAAUACUGGAGAACCUUUUGGACUUUGCCUAUUCCGGAAAAUGUUCAAUAAACGAGAACAACGUCGAAAGCCUGCUGCGAUUCGCUGAUCAAUACGAAAUUUUGGGUGUUGUGCAGUUAUGUUGCAAAUUUUUAUUGGAUGAAAUGUGUCCAGCCAAUUGCCUGGGUAUUCUCCAUUUUGCCGGACAAUAUUUCUGCACAAAACUGAUGGAACGCGGAAAAUCAUAUGUAAGGCAUCAUUUCGUCGAUUUGCUGAUGGAAAGUUGUGAAUUUGUCAACAUAGCCGUUUCUGAACUGCUCGAGAUCCUCAAAGAUGACGAACUCAAUAUAAAGUCGGAGGAAAUAGUCUUCGAUGCCGUGAAGAAGUGGGUUAAUUUCAUGCCGAUGAAGAGAAGGGUACAUUUGUUGGAGUUACUGAAGUGUAUGAGGUUGCAUAAUUUAGAGACGAAGCAAAUUUCCAAAAUGUCUAAAUGGUCAUUGAUUCAGAAAGAUCCGGAAUGCAAACAGUACAUGAUCGAAGCACAACAACGGAUCCAUCAAUAUCUACUAGAAGAAACGACCACAAUCUGCGACAAUUACUCUUUUCGACCUAGAAUACCGUACGAAAUAUUGUUCGCUAUUGGGGGUUGGAGUGCUGGUAGUCCCACCAAUUUCAUCGAAAUCUACGACAUCCGGGCUGACAGAUGGCUGCUAUCGACCGACACCGAUUCUGUGCCCAGGGCCUAUCAUGGGCUGUGUUCUCUGAGGGGAUUGAUUUACAUGGUUGGUGGUUUCGAUGGCAACGAGUACUUUAACACGAUGAGAUGUUUCAACCCGGUCUCACACGAGUGGAGUGAAUGCGCUUGUAUGUACUAUCCGAGGUGUUACGUGAGUGUUGUUAUGCACGAAGAGAGGAUAUACGCCUUAGGUGGAUAUAAUGGUAGGGUUCGGAUGAACACUGUGGAGAGGUACAACCCUGAUAAAAAUCAAUGGGAAUUGAUACCUCCUAUGCUGAAACAAAGGUCCGAUGCGAGUGCUGCAGUGCUUAAUUGUAAGAUCUAUAUUGUCGGUGGUUUCAAUGGCCAAGAAGUGAUGUGUUCUGCAGAAAUGUUCGACAUCUCCACCAGCCAAUGGUCCUACAUACCCCACAUGACAUCGGCGAGAUCAGGUGUGAGUCUGGUGGCAUUCAAGAACGCCCUAUACGCCAUAGGUGGAUUCAACGGUUACACUAGAUUGACUACUGGGGAAAAAUUCACACCGGAAUCUGACACAAGAUGGACUGAAAUAACGGAAAUGAUGACACCGAGAAGUAAUUUCGCGACAAUCACCAUGGAUGACUUCAUUUAUAUUAUUGGAGGUUUUAAUGAUCUCUUGCUGUCAGGUUCAACAACGAUAAAUUACGUUGAGUAUUAUGAUCCGGAGAGCAACGAGUGGCUGGACGCCUCUUCCAUGAACCUGAACCGUUCCGCGCUGAGCGUUUGCGUGGUCAGCGGUCUGCCCAAUUCCCGGGAAUACUCCUUUCUGGGACGGCUGAGUAACGGAGACACAGAAAAGGACACCGAAUUGCAAGAUAGAUGAAGAGAGCCAGAUAUGUGGACGAUGCCGGCCAAAGUCUAGGCCGGCUGCCGUCUUUAGCAUUUUAAUCGUUUUAACUUGUGCCCUUCUGGUCUACGUCUUUUAUCUAUACAUACCUACUGUGUACUAUUUUUUAAUAAAUGGAUUGUCGGUUUUCGACAACUGGAACCUUAA